AUGUACAACUGCUUCAUUUCAUUCUAUAACUCAGUUAAGGUACAAUCAUUCAGAAUUUACCAUUCUGCAGAUGAACCAAUGGUAAAUAUGUCAACGGAACAAAUAAUACAGGAUGAUAGUGACUUACCUCCUCCAUACUAUCAUAUAAAUCACGAAUGUAUUCGUCGUUACAAACGUAGAACUCACUGUACUUACUUCACAUUAAUUAUAUCAGGCAUUGUAAUGAUGUUAUUCGGUGCCCUUAUUCUCGUGAUUUUGAUACCACAAGAAAUCAAUUUAUAUCGAUGGAAUAUAAAAGGACCCUUAUCAAAAUUUUUUAAUCACGGCAAAACUGUUUUACUAAUUAGUAUGGAUGGAUUUCGUCAUGAUUAUAUAGAAUUGGCUAAAAAUCAUUUGGGCUCUAAUGCAUUACCAAAUUUCGAUCGUCUAAUAUCGGAAGGUGUACGAGCUGCGAAAUCGAUCAAUGUUUAUCCUACAAUUACUCUACCUAAUCAUCGUACAUUAAUUACCGGUUUGUAUCCAGAAAAUCAUGGAGUUGUUGGAAAUAGUCUAUUGGAUAAGAAAUGGCCAAAUAAGAUUUUCAGUAUAUAUGAUCAAGAAAGUCUAAAUCAUGCUCCGUGGUUAACUGACUGGCCUGAACCUAUAUGGGUUACAUUACAACAAAAUAGUGGCUAUGCUGGUUCAAUUUUAUGGCCUUUAACUGAUCAGUUUGUUAGCGAUGAUUUACCAUUUCAACGAGUUUCACAAUAUGCUUUACUUAAUGACUAUGAACACCGUUAUGCAUAUGAUCAACGAAUCAGAGAUAUAUUAUGGUGGUUGAAAAAUCCUAAAUAUCAUUUAAAUUUAAUUCUAGCUUAUUUUGAAGAACCUGAUGAAACUGGUCAUUCAUACGGUCCAAAUAGUAAACAUGUUGCAAAAGUUGUUCAAACCUUAGAUGAAACACUUGGUCAUCUAUUAGAUGGUAUUAAAAAACGUGGUCUUACUGAUAAAGUAGAUAUUAUUUUAACUGCUGAUCAUGGUAUGUCUGAAACAUCAAAUACUCGACUUAUUCCGUUGGACAAAUAUAUUGAUAAUUCUUUGUACAAUUAUACUCAAUUAUCAACUAUGGGAUUUCUUUAUCCUGCACCUGGAAAGUUUGAAGAAGUCUACAAACGCCUAAAAAGUGCGCAUCCAAAAUUAGAUGUGUAUCGAAGAGAUGAAGUUCCCGCCUAUCUGAAUUUCAAUAUAACCAACUCUCGUAUGCCUCCAUUGAUACUUAUUGCUAAGCCAAGGUGGAAAAUUGUAAAGAACACUUCACAACCUUACGCCAAUGUCUCCGGUGAUCAUGGUUAUCCAACAGAUUUCUCUGAAAUGUAUCCAUUCUUUAUUGCAAGGGGUCCUUCUUUCAAGAUUAAUGAGAGCGUUCCUACUGUCCAUGCCGUAGACGUUUAUCCACUAAUGUGUGCACUAUUGAAUAUUCAACCAAAUCCAAAUAAUGGCAGCCUAGAACGUAUCUCAAACAUACUGAAACCUGAUGUUGCCAAUCGCCUUUUGAAUUGGAAUAGUUGGUCAUAUUUAUGGAAAUGGAUCAUAUCUGAUUUAAGAUUUAUUUUAUUUAUUUCAAUUAUAUGCGUUUCGUUUACGAUUUUACUGUGUUCAAUCGUAGUUGUGAUGCAUCGUAAGGAAACCAAUGAACCAUUCAUUCGUUUACCCAUUGAUAAUGAUAAAGAGUUUUCAGAUUAUAAUACAUGA